GGAGCCCAGGCCGGGGGAGCUCUGGGCUCCGCCCGUCUUGUCUUUUAAACCUCGGCUUUUCUGGACCCAGUUUCUUUGUCUCUCCUUGGUCGGGACCCCUGCCGUCGGCCGCUUCCGCUACUCGGCCUCCAUUCGCGCCCUGGCGAGGAGCCCGUUCAGGGAGCGGCGCGGGGGCACUGCACAUCCACGUCGGCCCGCGCACAGGGCUUGGACUGCACGCCUCGGCGCUAGCGCGCAGGCGUUCGACGCGACAUUUCUCCGCCUCCGGGCUCGGCCAGAGGGUGCGGCCCGGCAGGGCUAGGUCAGCGCAUGUGCAGCGGGCUUAGGACCCUGUCACAACGGCGCAGGCGCUGGGCGCGCCCAUUCCUAUCCCGGGCGCUCUGCCGGAAGGUGGGGCCCGGAUGGGGCGGAGCUGAUAGAAAACCGCGCGAAACCGGCGCGAAACCGCGCGCGCCCUGAUCUCGCAAUGGCACAGAGCCGGGUCACCGACUUCUUCGCUUGCCGCCGCCCGGGGUCUGCAGCUCCGCGGGUCAAGGCAGCCUGCCGCACCCCGAGCCCUGCCCGGCCCGCGCCCGGCCCGGGCAGCAGCCGCAAGCGCGCCCGUCCUCCCGCUGCGUCCGGGGGCGAGCAGCCCGCGCCGCCCGCGCGCCGGAGACUGCGGCUUCGGGACGUGGACUCCUGUCCCAGUUCCCCAGCCACCCUCAGCUCCCUUGCCUGUCCUUCGCCGGUCAAGAAGAUCAAGAAAACCUCCGCUCCUGCACCAGCAGGCCAGCUGUCCCUCCCCGCAGCCCCACAGGACAAGGUCCCCUCAAAGGACACCCUCUCUGAGCUCCAGGUGUGCCUUCAGCGUGCACGGGAGCUGGGCACACGCGUCCAGGCACUGAGGGCCAGGCCUCAGGAGGGUGCUGAGGAACCCAGCCCACCGGAGGCCAACCUCCAGGAGCAGCCAUGUGGCCAGAAGACGCCUGCCUACCAACGCUUCCAUGCCCUGGCCCAGCCCGGCCCACCAGGCCUUGUGCUGCCCUACAAGUACCAGGUGCUGGCCGAGAUGUUUCGAAGCAUGGACACCAUUGUGGGCAUGCUCCACAACCGCUCCGAGACUGCGACCUUUGCCAAGGUCAAGGGGGGGGUCCAGGACAUGAUGCGCAAGCGCUUCGAGGAGCGCAACGUGGGCCAGAUCAAAACUGUGUAUCCGAUGUCCUACUGCUUCCGCCAGGAGCGCAAUGUCCCCACCUUCAAGGACAGUGUCAAGAAGUCUGAUUACCAGCUCACCAUAGAGCCACUGCUGGGCCAGGAGCCUGGUGGCGCCGUGCCUCAGCUCACAGCCUCACGCCUGCUGCAGCGGCGACAGGUUUUCAGCCAGAACCUGGUGAACCGGGUCAAGGAGCACCACAAGGCCUUCCUCGCCUCCCUGACCCCCCCCAUGGCUGUGCCUGAGGACCAGCUGACGCGCUGGCACCCGCGCUUCAACGUGGAUGAGGUGCCUGACAUCGAGCCUGCUGAGCUGCCCCAGCCACCCACCACGGAGCAGCUCACCAGUGCCCAGGAGGUGCUGGCCCGCGCCCGAAGCCUGAUGUCGCCCAGGAUGGAGAAGGCGUUGUGUCACGCAGCACUGUGUGCAGCGGAGCCCGGCAGCCCUGGAUCCCCCGGCCCGGCCCUGCCAGCCAGCCCUGCCAGCCCGCCCAGCGCCCUGAAGGGUGUGCCCCAGGCCCUGCUGGAGCGGAUCCGUGCCAAGGAGGCCCAGAAACAGCUGGCGCAGAUGACGCGCUGCCCGGAGCACGAGCUGCGGCUGCAGCGGCUGCAGCGACUGCCCGAGCUGGCCCGCGUGCUGCGCGGUGUCUUCGUGUCUGAGAGAAAGCCCGCGCUCACCAUGGAGGUGGCCUGCACCAGGAUGGUGGGCAGCUGCCGUGCUGCCCUGAGCCUGGGGGAGAUGGAGAGGCACCUGCUGCUCCUCAGCGAGCUGCUGCCUGACUGGCUCAGCCUGCACCGCAUCCGCACCAGCACUUACAUCAAGCUGGACAAGGCUGCCAACCUGGCCAGCAUCACUGCACGGCUGGCCCACCAGGCCCACACUGAGGAGGGGCAGUGAGCCAGCCACCGAGGACCGGCACAGGAGCCCAAGGUGCCUCCUUCACUCCUGCACUGUCCCGAGGGCCACAGGCUGCAUGACCAGGGCCUCCAGCCAGUGUGGACUCCUGGGGUCUUGUGCACUGUCAGUGACGUCUGUCCCCAUGGGACUGUCUUUGCUGCCUGCCUUGAGCACUGCCAGAGGCUGGGAAGGGGGCCCAGGGCCUCGUGGGUUGCACAGAAGUAGCAUUGUGCACAGCUGGCAGUGUGGUUGGUCCCCUCCAUCCACGUCCUGGUCCUGGAGCCUGUGAACUGUGACCUCGUGGCAGGGACAUUUUGACGUCCACCCACAGGCUUGAUGGGCUUCCCCUCCACUACAGGCUACUUCAAGGCCUCUUCUGGGUCCUGCCUGGGGCCAAGGCCCAGGUCCAGGCUGAGUUCAGCAGUGACCCAGAGCUGCCAGCGCUACACUAGCUCGAUCUUCCUGCAAGAGAUGUCUCACCACCAGGGGGCGCUGGCCUCUGGGCAGGCUGGAUGAAAAGGUUCUGCCGGGCAGCAAGAGGUCAGACUCCUCUGUAGAGUGAAGAGAGCUUGUAGUUUUCUAGGUUUUAUGCUAAGAAAACCUGCCAAACUUAAGUUCCUUUACAGUUUCUGAAACAGUAUUUCAGUAGGAUCCACCGCAGGACUGCUUGAUUUGCUUAUUUCUAAUUUAACCUUUUCAAACUUCAAAUACCUAAGGCCUUGGAAGGAGAACCUAUUUCCUAAUCUAGCUGGCUUUUUAUAAAACCUGACAUGUAAGACGUAAAUAAAA